AUGGAACAUUUGCGUAUAGAUAUUCAUCUCAAGAACGUGCUGCUCCGUCUCUCGUCAAGUAUCAAUGAGCUAUCUAUCGAUCAAUUCUAUAAGAACUACGGAGAGCCGGAAACAAUCCCUGUUACCCGGCGCGAUGGAAGACCACUAACACCAAAUGUUCCUAGGGUGGCGGUAGCGCCCCUUAGCCUAGGAGGGAAGAAAGAAAUGUGCGAGUUCUCGGUGUCCGACACGCGUGUACUUCUUGACAUAUGGGGCUUGGCUACUACAAUCUGGGAGAUCAUUGGCAUGAAGGCCGUGUUUAGCAACGAGUAUGUGACGGAGGACGAGAUUACUGCACAACAAGUGGAUGUGCUUGGACCUAUGCCCCAAAACUGGUGGGAGCGCUGGCAGAACCGGGCUCAGCGAGAAGAGGAGAGUCUUGGAGUAUUCGACGAAGCAGAAAAGACCGCGAUCCUGGACCUGAUGCGGAAGAUGCUAGCGUUCCGCCCAGAAGACCGCCCAAUAGCUGAUGAAGUUUUGAACUCGGAGUGGAUGACAAAGUGGGUAUUGCCCGAUGUUGAGCGAAGCGUGGAGUGA